AUGAUUCACAAGUUCUGGAAUGUCCGGUUAUCUCCUGCUGGUCAAACGUGGGAGCCUCCGCCGAUGGAUGAGGAUGCCAGCGAAGACGAGCGCAAGCACAUUCGCGAUGAAGAAGAUAUUAUGGAAGAGAAGGUCUUCAAUAUUUGGAAUACCCUCUCUACCUUUGAAGAAUCCUCCGCCGCUUGCAUCUCAGAUAUGCUGCUUCAUGUAAGCAAUGGCGCAUACAUAGAUGGUGUUAUAGUGGCCAAGCGCUUCAUUGAACACGUGGAGGUCCUCUUCGGGGCAGUCGAUCAGUUAGCGGAUUAUAUCAAAUCCCACGAGUUGAAAGAACUUUCUUAUGGCCGAGAAGCCAAACUUCUCUGCAAAAAGAUUGUGGCUUUCUUCGCCCUUCUAUCGAAAACCCAGGAAACCGGAGUACGCAAACUUGGCGUCACUCAGGAACUUCUGUCACUGGUGACAGGUCUCGCUCAUUACCUCAAGCUCCUUAUCCGCAUCGGUUUACAAGGUGCACUCAAACUUGAACGCGAGAAGUCUGCAUCAGACGGUUUGCAAAAUUUCCUAGAGCACCUCCGUGAUCUGGAGUCAUUAGCCGAGCGCGAAGACGACGACACACCAGUUGACCUGAUGGCUGGAGUGGAGGGUUUGGCCGAUCAACUUUCGGAUUGUUGCAUUUCCUGCAAAGAACCAAUUGACGAUGAAUGCGUUCAGCUGGGAAAGAGCCGUUGGCACAUCAAGCCGCCUCAUCUUUCAUGCAAAUCCUGUGAGAAGGACUUGACCGCUGACCUCCAAGACGCAUUGUGGAGCGACAGUGAGGUACAAGUCUAUUGUGGCGCUUGCGCCCACCAAAUGCAACUUGGCCCUGCUGUGAAGGGUGGUUUCACUCCAGUCUCAAAAUUGCAGCAAUUCGUUUUCUUGCUGAAAGUGGCACUCGCACGUCUUCUCGCCGUGCUUCGAUCCGGGGGGACCUUGCCUCAUACAUCAGACGACCCGAACCUCAAGGAGUAUGACAACAAAGACGGCUAUCAUGUGACACCCCAGAUUCGCCGGGCAAACACACUUUCCCAGGCAUACGGCGGUUCCUCGCGAGAUGGCUUUGAGGAAACAUCCCUUGAGCAGACCGUCGGAGAGAUGCGUCGGCUGCGCUCCAUUCGCAACGAGCGAACCCUAUCCACAACAUACAAACGGGCCCGCGCAUCCAGAAUCAUUGAUGGACCAGAAGGCAGAAGUGCCCGGCCAGGGUCAUCUGGCAAUGAUGGCAAUGAUGCGAGAGGCCACGGUUUCCAGAUUGUUGAAGAACGGGAUGCCAAUGGCGAAACCGUAACCGAUCUGACAUUCGGAAAUCAGGACGCUUUGACACUAGAUGAUAUCCCCCGCAUUGUUGCUGCUGAGCAAGCCAAGGAGCAGCGACCUAAUGCCUACCGGCAUGCUGGUACGAAGCUCAUUGGGGGGACAGAGCCGAUUCCCAGGUACAAUCAAGGCCACCAACGGGGAGUGUCGAGUGGAAAUUUGGAGGCUCUCAUGGAGCCAACACGAACCAAGCGUUACUUCUCAGAACUGACUGCUUUGGAAUAUUUCAUCGUUCGCCACGUGGCUGUGCUACAGAUGGAACCCUUGGUAGAGGGCUAUUUUACCAUGGAGGAGCUACUUUCUCUCAUUGAGUCACGUAAACCUACCAUAUGGAAUAUCUUUGGUCGUGCCUUCAAAGACAACAAGAAGGGUAGUAAGAAGAAGGGUGUCUUCGGUGUUGGUCUGGACUACUUGGUCGAAAAGGAGGGCACCGAGUCAAGUCACGGUGUUGGCCCUGGUGCGCUUCGCAUUCCGACACUGGUUGAUGACUCUGUUUGCGCUAUGCGACAGAUGGAUAUGUCUGUGGAGGGUGUCUUCCGAAAGAACGGCAACAUCCGCCGAUUGAAGGACACCGCGGAGCUAAUAGACACCAAGUACGAACAAGUAGAUCUGACAAAGGAAACACCCGUGCAGAUCGCAGCUCUCUUGAAGAAGUUCCUCCGUGAGAUGCCCGAUCCGCUGUUGACUUUCAAGCUACACAGACUAUUUGUCAUCUCACAAAAAAUGGACGACGCGGAGAAACAGAGGCGACUACUUCACUUGACAUGCUGCCUGCUUCCCAAAGCCCAUCGUGACACGAUGGAAGUGUUGUUUGCCUUCUUAAACUGGACAUCAUCCUUCUCGCAUGUGGAUGAAGAGUCUGGGAGUAAGAUGGACAUUCACAAUCUUGCGACCGUCAUCACGCCCAAUAUACUUUACCCUAAUGCCAAAAACAGCACAGUGGAGGAGAGCUUCUUGUCUAUCGAGGCUGUCAAUGCCUUGAUUACGUACAACGAUAUUCCAGAAGACCUGCAAUCGGUUUUGGGUGAUACUACUCUUUUCAGGGAGAAUGCCGAAGUUACGACCAAGGAAAUCCUCAAGCGAUAUGGCGACAUUGCUCGAGGCAGCUUUUCACAAAGACCAGAGAAUGGCGGCGAGACAUUCACGAUCACCACCCCCAACCGAAACAACAGCACCCCAGCUUCCGCGCGUAUCGAGACCGAUCCAUCUCAGGAUGCAGCCUGGCAGAUGCAAACUUCGGUUCGCCAUGUGCCCGGGCCCGGCGGACAUUCUCAUUCUACAAGCACCAACCCCCAGGCUGGGCAUGAUUUCGUUCCACCUCCGCCAGCAGCGUACCUCCGUGGCCGGAGCACCAGCAACGGUAGCCAGUCAAUUGCAGGGGCACCUGAUGGUCAAUCAUCAAAUGUGGCAUAUAGGCCGCGUCCAAGUGCAGGUGCCAUGGGUGUUACCGGCUAG